AUGUGGUCGUUAAUUAUGGCUCUGGUUUUGCCCCUGAUUUUUGGGCAGGAUUCAUCUGCCUUUAUUUGGGAGAGAACUCAGAACACAAAAAUGAAUCCCUGGACAAGUAAGUGGAAAGAGCAAUUUUUCGUUCAUACAAACUCGCGUACAGUAAACUGUUAAUGGCUGUACAAUCGUAAAUUCCUUUUCCCACCUCAAGUUAACUCUGGGUGAGGUUUUAGCAUUUCAUACCUACAUCAACGGACGGGUAAACAGAGUUUUCUCUUCUCUACAGAAUCAACGCGAGUUCUCCGUCAUUAACUUUAUUUUCAAAUGUUAUUCCAAUGAAAUGAUGUCAGUUACCAAAAUAAUCGAGCACGCUAAAAAACACUUCUUACCGGGUGGCAAUAACAUUGGGAUUAAAAAAACUUUUUCUUUUGGUGAAAUAGUUAAAUUGAAUUCCCUUUGUCAUUACAGGAUACCAGAAAGUUCCACCUGCCCGCGAAACUGCCGACAAGCUGAUGAGGUAUUUCAUGGGCAUUGAUGACACAGUGCUACGACUAGUAAGAAGGCACCGCAGGUCCAUCCCUCAGCUCUAUGCCCAGUUCGACGCAAUAUUCAUCAUUGACUCAUCUGGAUCGAUACGGCGAAGAGAUUACUAUCGCACAAUAAAAGCCCUGCAGCUCCUAACUGGAAAAGCCCAAAAUAGCAGACGGUAUGCGGCAAUAACAUUCUCGAACAAUGCCACAAUCCGUUUUGAUUUUACAGAGAGAAAAGAAGCCGUUAACAAUUUACGGAAGAUACCUUUUGAACGUGGCAGGACAAACACUCAAGACGCGCUUGAAGUGUGCCGAAAGGAGCUAAUUUUAAAUCGCAAAAGUGGCGCAAGACCUGGAGUCAGAAAGCGAGUCCUUAUCAUCACUGAUGGACAAUCAAAUGUUGAAAAACACAAGACUUUGUUUCGUGCGUUCCAGCUCAAGAUGACAGGCACACAAAUCUUUGUCAUUGCCAUUGGAAAGUACCUUAGAGGAAUCUCUGAGAUCGUUGGACUCGCAAGCUCUACUGAUGCGCAUCUCUACCGUGUGGCUGAUGUCAACGGACUCCUCCGUGUGGUCAGAAUGAUUCCGCCGUGGCAUCGCAUGAGAGAAUACAUGAGCCACUCCUGGCUGAACGAAAUGCUACGUAAUAAAGCCUGA